CGAUUGUUGCGCUGCAGUUGGCAGGCUGCUGCGGGAGGCGGUGGCGGUAAGAAGCCGGAGGCAGAGGGGUGACAGGAAAGUGGAGACCCUCAAAAAUCUAUAGUAGGAGUUCCCUGACCAGGCAUCAAACCCACGCCCCCUGCAGUGGAAGUGUGGAGUCUUAACCACUGGACCUCUAGUGGAGUCCCUCUUUCUUGUUUUCAACCUCAGAAAAGUUGGAAAACAUUUAAGUCUCAACAAAUGAAUUCCACACUUGAACUCUGCCGCAUUCCUGUGCCACCUCCUCCAUUGGAACACUGAUCUUAAAACAGAGAGAGAAAAGAGGAAUAGAAGGUAGAAGAAGAUGCUGGGAUCUGAACGUGGCGUUGUGGAAGAAUGGUUAUCAGAAUUCAAGGCAUUACCUGACACUCAGAUCACCAAUUAUGCAGCAACUUUACAUCGGAAAAAAACACUGGUACCAGCCCUGUAUAAAGUUAUUCAAGAUUCGAAUAAUGAGCUCCUGGAGCCUGUCUGCCACCAGCUGUUUGAGCUCUACCGUAGCUCUGAAGUUCGACUUAAGAGGUUCACACUGCAGUUCUUGCCAGAAUUGAUGUGGGUUUAUUUACGGCUUACAGUUAGCCGAGACAGACAGAGUAAUGGUUGCAUUGAAGCACUACUUUUAGGAAUUUACAAUUUGGAAAUUGCUGAUAAAGAUGGGAACAAUAAAGUUCUGUCUUUUACUAUCCCUUCCUUAUCCAAGCCUUCAAUAUACCAUGAGCCCUCAACAAUUGGAUCCAUGGCUUUGACAGAAGGGGCAUUGUGUCAGCAUGAUCUCAUCAGGGUUGUUUACAGUGAUCUUCAUCCGCAGAGGGAAACAUUCACUGCACAAAACCGGUUUGAAGUCCUGAGUUUCCUCAUGUUAUGUUAUAAUUCUGCUAUUGUGUAUAUGCCUGCUUCAUCUUACCAGUCUCUUUGCCGAAUGGGCUCCAGGGUUUGUGUGAGUGGGUUUCCACGGCAACAUGAAAAACACUGGAAAGAACUCUGUGGUCGAAUAGUAUUGGAUCCCGAAUUUAUGGUGCAACUUCUCACAGGAGUUUAUUAUGCCAUGUAUAAUGGACAAUGGGACCUUGGCCAGGAAGUCCUUGAUGACAUCAUUUAUAGAGCUCAGCUAGAACUCUUUUCUCAACCGCUAUUGGUUGCCAAUGCCAUGAAAAACUCAUUACCAUUUGAUGCUCCUGAUUCUUCACAAGAAGGCCAGAAGGUACUUAAAGUCGAAGUCACUCCAACAGUGCCGAGGAUUUCUCGGACUGCGAUUACAACAGCUUCAAUCCGUCGCCAUAGAUGGAGGAGAGAAGAUGGCUUUGACUUCUCAAACGAGGCUGACUCGAGUAUUCCUGGCUCCCCGAUCCAACACGGCUCCACUGACCUAGGGAUCAAACGUGUGCAAGAGGGGGAGGUGCUGGUGCGCAGGACUCCUGAGCACGGCUCACCGGAGCCCAACUCAGCAGCAGCCACAACAGAGGGUGCUGAGGGUGUAAAUGGAGGAGAGGAGUCGGUAAACCUGAAUGAUGCAGAUGAAGGAUUUUCAUCAGGGGCUUCCCUCAGCAGCCAGCCAGUUGGCACCAAACCAUCCUCCUCUUCUCAGAGGGGAAACUUAAGGAAAGUAGCAACUGGGCGUUCAGCCAAGGACAAAGAAACAACUUCUGCUAUCAAAUCCAGUGAGAGCCCUCGAGAUUCAGUAGUUCGCAGGCAGUAUGUACAGCAACCAACUGAUCUUAGUGUAGAUUCAAUUGAGCUGACGCCGAUGAAGAAACACCUGAGCCUGCCUGCUGGCCAGGUGGUGCCAAAAACUAAUAGUAUAAGUCUAAUUCGGACAGCCAGUGCUUCCUCAAGUAAAUCGUUUGACUAUGUAAAUGGCAGUCAAGCAAGUACCAGCAUUGGGGUUGGCACUGAGGGUGUUACUAAUUUAGCAGCUAACAAUGCUAAUCGAUAUUCAACUGUCAGCCUGCAGGAAGACCGGCUAGGUCAAGCUGGAGAAGGUAAAGAGCUCCUCAGCCCAGGAGCUCCCUUAACCAAGCAGUCUCGAUCCCCAAGUUUCAAUAUGCAGCUAAUAUCCCAGGUGUAGUCUUGACAUCCUCUCUCAUCUUUCUGCUUACCUUCUAAACUGAACAUUUCAUGUGCAAGAAGACACUUCAUCCCACUUGUGAAAAUAUUGGUCAUCAUAAACAGAUUUGAUUUAGUUUAGGUAUCUUCAUACUGUAUUUUGUAUGGAAACAGCAAUAAGGUUUUCUUUUCCCUCCUUCCUAUGUCUUCUCUUCACCUAUUCCUUGUAAAUGUGUUUGUGAAGCAGUAGAAAAUGUUUGUGUUUUCCACACCUUCCUUUCUCCUUGGGUGAAGUGCAAUCCAUCGUAGGCUGAUCGGUCCCAUUUCAACACUGUGAGACUGAGGUUAUGUUAGAGGAAAUGGUGUAUAUGAUCCCUAUGAAUGAUUCUUCAGCUUUUGUUUAAAAAAAAAAACGGGUUUGUUCUCAUAAUCUAUGAAGAUUACUGGGUCAUAUUUUUCUCUCUUAACCAGGAGUGCCUCAGAGAUUCUGCUAUGACUUUGGACUUCUCUGAGUCUGUGCAAUUAUUUUCUUGAGAAGCAUGGGGAAAGGUGGUAGACUGCUCUACUUUUUCAUUAAAAUGAGGGUGGCUCUUUUUUCCCCCAUCUCCUUUAUCUCGAGGACACAAUGUUCAAUUACUGAGGCAUUUAAAUCAAGUUGUGGCCGCCUCUGUUGGAGGACAGGGCUCUAAGUUGAUUGUGUAAUAGAUAAUGCACUUUCUCAAUGGCUCUAUAGUCAUUAUUAACAUGUCUUCCCUCCUCCCCACAAGGACAUAAGGUCAUUUCUGUCCUUCAAGUUUGAACAGCUAAUAAAUCAGAGAAUCCAAGGGGCAUGUUCUAUUUCCCAGGAAUGAUUGACACUUUGGUGCUGGGGUUUUAUGGGGGGAGGGGGUAGUUUUUGUUUAGCUUGUGUGGGAUUGUGUGUGAGGAGAAGUUUUGAUUGUUUUUUUUUCUUUUCCUUUGUGAGCUGUUGACGACUGAAGUAGAAUAGGUACGUCUUCAGGUAAAGAGAGGGAUUUCUCAACCCACUUUCUGUGAUGUCAGACUAUUGGAGAAACCCUUUCAGCUGCUUUCUAGAUGUACCUAAAUUCAGUCAGAUAUUUUGGAUUAAGAAACCUGAAGUCCUGAUAGAUCAUAUACUCCAAGGAAAUACAUCAGGGACAGAUAAUUGGCUGAAAACACUGACGCUUCAAUGUGACACAUUUUUAUAGAACAUUUCUACCAGGGGGUACUGACUUGAUUUCUCCUACAAGGACCACACUGCCUUUGUGUUUAAUGUAAUGCAAUUUGUGUACCUUCUAAUCAUAUAUCUGCAAAAGUUUCUCAUUUUUAUAAAAUAUCAUGCCAGUAAGCUAGAUGUUGAAUGUAUGUAAGUAGCAUUUGGUAACUGUGCUAAGAGGCUACAAAAGUGCAUUAUUGGUUUAAAAAAAAUUUUUUUUUAGUUCUGAUUUGGUUGGAUAAGGUUUCUUUAUGACCUCUUCUGGGUCUCAGGCUCUAAUCCUUGAUUGAAAUAGAAGAAGAUAUAUUGGUUUUUGAAAAUCAGUGUAUUGUGACUUGAACUGCUAUACAUUCUUCCACACAGUAUGUCAGAGUGAUUAGUGCUUUGUACAUUUAGACAUUUUAAUUUUAUUGUUGUGAAAGAAAAAUAUACUGAAUUUAUAGAAAGCAAGUAUUCUCCUAAUUAACAAAGUUUAAAAUAUUAUCUCUACUGAUUAAAAUUACAAUAGAUUUUGAUAAAUAAAAUAACCAGAAAAAUGCCUCUUGUUUUUUUCACACCUAAAAAUCUACCCCCCCCCCACCUUUUAUUGUAAGAGGUUUUUGUAAGGGACUUUCUGUUAGAAUCUUUAUAAGAACAGUGAGAUGCUUGUUUGAAUUUGGUGGUGUGUAAUAUUUUUCAGCUCACAUGAAAAUGGAAAACUAGAACCUGAACUAUUACCUACAACAUUGCCAAAGUCCGGGGGAAAGCUAAAAGUUGAUAAACAGAGAUUUGUUGAUUUGUGUAUAUAUGUAUGUUUGUGUGUGUGUGUAUAGUGUGUAUAUGUAUAAAUCACAAAGAAUAUUUUAGAUAUCCCUUCUUUUCAUUUAACUAAGGGAUGUCAGAUAAAUGAAUUAAAAGCAAUGAAAUAAAUGAGGUAUAAAGGUCUAUAACAUACAGAGUUUCAGGUGUGAAAGGAAAAGAGCAUUGUACUUACUAGGGGGUGAGAUCUUGGCCGUGGCUGGAGAUCAGUCACUUUAUGGCAGAAAUGUCUGGUUGAUUUAAGAGACUGAAGGGUUGUUUUUAAUUCAACACAUUGUGCAUUUAUUGGCAUCUAAAUCUAGCAUGAUUUUAGUUAAAGCACAAAAAAAUACCAAAUAAUACCAAAUUACAACAAAGGCUAUAAUAAAUAUAAUAAGCUCUCCCUCUGGUUUGUUAGAAAUCUUAUGUUAUACCUGAAAAGUUGGUUCUGAAAAACUUUCACCGUAGAGAAUUUCAUUUAUUUCUAUGUGUAUUCGUAUAUAUUUUGUACAUAUACAUAGCUGUUAAUAUUUCAUGACCCUCUAACAUUUGUGUUCCAUUCUUUUAAGUGAUAUAAUUUGGCCCCAAAGAAGAAACAUUUCAUUUAGUUCAAAUUUUGCAUUCGGGGUCUUAGAACAGAUUUCCUGUGCAAGAUAUAGUUAAAAUGGAAUGAGUCAGUCAUAAACCAUAGUCAGAUUUUCUAAGAGAUUUUUGAUAUUCAUUUGCAUUAUUUAUUGGCAUUUAAUGUAAAAUAGUUUUCAGAUAUACAGCUGUUACAAAUAUAUGCCAGCAAUAUUCACGCUUUAUCCUUUAACAACCUUUUGUUUCUAUACUUCCUAAUUUCCAUUUUAAAAAGUUCUUCCAUUUAUGGACAAGCUAGUUAGGGAGAAAAUACUUGUUUUCUAUAACAAAACAAUUUGAUUGAUGCCAUCUGUGCCAGGUUUGAUUAAAAAAUACAAAGAAAUAUCUGAAAGCUUUGGGAACUCUCCUCUGUGACAUUAAUUUGAAAUCAUGUUACUAGAACAAACCAAGUGUAAAGUGAAAGCUACCUACCUUGGAAGUAAGAUUUUUAAAUAUAAAAAUAUUUUGAGAAUCUGGAGGGGGAUGAUGGUUGUAAUUUGAAAUCCUGACCCCUACCACCACUCUUACCCUCUUGAUGACUCUCCUGUGCCUGUUUAUUAUAGAAUCAGAAUUUCUGUGCUAAAGAGACCGUAGAGAUAAUCUAGCCAGUCUCCCAGCACCCACCCCUCCAUAUCCAUCCUCAGGAAACUGAGGCUCAGAAAGGUUGUAAUGUGAUCAAAGUCACAUAACUAAGAAGCAGAGCCAGAAUUAAACUCCUGUCUCCCGUUGAAUGCGUAUUAACACCCCACUGCCUCCUUUUACUCGUCCUAUGGUAAAUGUAACACUCUCCACUUCUGUAGCUUCUUUACAGUUCUGGUCUAGUAGUUGGUGAAUACAGCAUGUGAAGAAAGGUAUUAAAUCCAGAAAAAAAUGUAGAGUAGUAAACAUAGAUGGGGAAGUGUUGGAAAUGUAGGUAUCUAUACCACAGAUAUAAGGAUAGAUACAUUUUUCUUAUUCUAAUUUAUGCCUUACUAUUUUCUGCCACAUAGCAGUUGAAUGCUGCCAUUUUAUAGUUGAUUAUAUUUCUGGGGAUUUAUUUAAAUGCAAAAAUAAACCCAAUGAAAUGACUUUGAUCAGUGUUUCUAGCUAUCUUAAAUAAUAGCUUUCACAGUCACCUAGAUGGCAAGUUAAUUGUAUUGCACAGUGGGGUAUUGCAAAGUAAAGAUUAAAUAAAUUUGAUUCCACAAUUUCUAAUGUAAAGAGAUUGGACCUUAUUUGUGCCCAGAGCAGAUAGAUAACAGCAAUAUUUCCUUAUGUGAUUGAAAAAGAUAUAUAGUGUGAAGCUUACGGUUCCAUAACAGAAUGGUGACCAUGUCAUUUAAAGUGUAUAUACAGUAUAAAAUAUCUUAGUUACAGUAGUCUCAGCUAUAUAAGCUCAAUAUUUCCAACCUACAUUCUCAAACUCCACUUAGUAGUUUUAAAGUAAAUAUAAUUAUUUAUUAGACACUGGAAUACUGAGAAUAACUUCUUUCAAAUUGUUUUGUUUGCACUAUUUUUGUGACUUUUAAUGAAGUGGGGUGUUUUUGCUACCUCACUUGGAUAGGUUAGUAUGGGUCCAUUUUUUGAGUACUUUAGUUGUUGACAAUCAGUUGUCUCAUUUCUCUGCAUGUUCAUUUGUAAAUAAAAACACUAGUAUCUGUCUUUAGUGGGUAGUACACUAUACAAACACUGGCAAGGAAGAUCUCUCCAUUUCUGAUCUUAAAUUACAAAGUGAGGUUUAUGGUUUUGUUUUUUUUUAAUCAGUAUUCAUUUACAUACUUGUUUUUCAGUUUAAAAAUGUUUAAAGGCCAUGCCAGCGGUCAGAAAAUCUACAAGAAUUUCAGAGCAACUUUUCUAUACUAUGGCUAUGUUAAACAGUCUGAACCUGAGACUUUUUAUCUUUCAAGUUGAAUGAUUAUUGUCAUGUUUCAAACCAUGAAGUCAG